AUGGCGACCUCGCUCUCGUCCCUGUCCUCGAUUCUGAACCAGCCUCGGCAUGUCGUUUUGCUCCAGAAGCCAUGUCGUUUCGCUCUGAAAGUCCUCAAUUGGAAGCCGGUGGAAGCUUCCGGAAUCCGAUGCUACCAUCGCCACCGGACAACUACUCGCCUGCAAAGGCGGAGCCUUGCCUCGAGAAGCUUCUCGAGCUCCGGUUCUUCGCUGCCAAACCACUCCGACGGCCCGAGUCUCCGUCACUUCGUCGCCCAGGCCGCCGCCGCCGAAGUCCAGGCCCAGAGUGUGGUAGCUCCUGAAGGUGCUCCGAUAGGCCGAAUCUAUCACGAGACUUAUGGAUGUCAGAUGAAUAUCAAUGACAUGGAGAUUGUUCUAGCGAUUAUGAAGGAGGCUGGAUAUAGUGAAGUUGUGGAUGUUCCAGAGAAUGCAGAGGUUAUUUUCAUUAAUACCUGUGCGAUCAGGGACAAUGCAGAACAGAAGGUGUGGCAGCGGCUUAAUUACUUUUGGUUUCUUAAGAGGCACUGGAAGAGUAAUGUUAAGAUAGGGCGGUCGCAGUCCACACGCCCUCCGAAAGUUGUCGUUUUGGGAUGUAUGGCCGAGAGGUUGAAGGACAAGAUCCUAGAUGCGGAUAAGAUGGUUGAUGUGGUCUGUGGACCGGAUGCGUAUAGGGACUUGCCGAGGCUGUUGCAAGAUGUGGACUAUGGUCAGAAGGGGAUCAAUACUCUUCUUUCACUCGAAGAGACUUACGCUGAUAUUAGUCCUGUUCGAAUCUCCAAGAAUUCAAUCAGUGCUUUCGUUUCUGUUAUGAGGGGUUGCAACAAUAUGUGCUCAUUUUGCAUUGUUCCUUUCACAAGAGGAAGAGAGCGGUCGCGUGCUGUGGAAUCAAUUGUCAGGGAGGUGGGAGAGCUUUGGCAAGAAGGUGUGAAAGAGGUAACAUUGCUGGGCCAGAAUGUGAAUAGCUAUAAUGAUGCCUCAGAUUAUGAAAAGGAAGCUGAAGCAGGUACUAAUUGGAACUACAGUGAAGGAUUUUCCAGCUUGUGCAAGGUUAAAAAAGUAGGUUCACGAUUUGCUGAUCUCUUGGAUCGACUUUCCAGAGAAUUCCCAGAGAUGAGAUUCAGAUACACAUCCCCCCACCCUAAAGAUUUCCCUGAUGAAUUACUCUAUAUAAUGCGAGACAGGCAUAAUAUUUGCAACUAUAUCCAUUUGCCUGCUCAAAGUGGUAGUAGCAGAGUUAUAGAAAGAAUGCGACGGGGCUAUACACGUGAGGCAUACUUAGAUCUCGUGCAAAAGAUUAGGAGGAUUAUUCCAGAUGUCGGCAUCAGCAGUGAUUUCAUAUGUGGAUUUUGUGGGGAGACUGAGGAGGACCACGAAGAGACAAUAAGCCUUGUAAAGGCUGUUGGUUAUGAUAUGGCUUACAUGUUUGCAUAUAGCAUGAGAGAGAAAACCCAUGCAAACAGAAACUAUGAUGAUGAUGUUCCGGAGGAAGUGAAGCAGAGGAGGCUGACUGAACUUAUUGAAGCUUUCCGUGAGAGCACAGGUCAGUGUUAUGACACACAGGUGGGAACUACCCAACUUGUAUUAGUAGAAGGACCCAAUAAGAGAGCUCCGGAUACAGAACUCAUUGGCAAAAGCGACAGAGGUCAUAGAGUUUCUUUUAUCAAUGUGCCAUUACCAGAUCGAGAUGCUAAUUCAAAUGAGGAACGAAAUCCCAAAGUGGGUGAUUAUGUAGAAGUUCAUAUACUGAAAUCUUCGAGAGCAUCACUCUAUGGAGAGGCAAUUGCGAUUAGUAAAUUGAGCUCUUUCUACAACAUCGCGAAUGAAGAAGCCCUUGCUUGUGCAAGUAGUUGAGCUGUUCGGGAAUGUGCCAGCAUAUUUUACUUUUUAUAUCACUGCAGAAUCAUGGCUGAGGAAUAUGGAUCGGCUUCUUGCUGGAGGGUUGAGAAUUUAAGGAUGCUGGUAAAACAAUGAUUGGUUCAAAAUGAUGCAUCUUGUCAUCCUUUUCCGAUGGAGACUCUUUAGGAAUAUAUAUUCAGCCUUACAAGUGACAGCCUUUUCAAAACAGUUAAGAGCGCUACCGCAGCGUUCCGAUGUGAUAUAAAAGUUGACGUAUUUUAUCUCCAAUUUUGAUUUGAUUUGAUCACUUGAUCUUUAUGAAUGUGAAUUGUAAUUCUCUACACAGAUGAUUGCAUUGAGCGUAAAGUUGUUAGUCUACCAGAAGA